AUGGAACCUACUACUCAACUUUCAUUUCCGUUUGGUGACCUUCCAGUCGAGCUAGCCCUCCUCAUCCUUAAACAUGCAGCACAACCCAGUUUUUCCCAGACUGAACCAUACCGAUCUAAAAACCCAUAUUCAUUCGCCCUCGCUCUCUGUCUUGUCUCUAAAGAGGUCAGGAAAACAGUGCUGCCCGAAAUCCUUCACACCGUGUUGCUCCCGCAAUUCCACAACGUGACAGCGUUCGUGGACGCUCUACGUAUGCAGGAGGCAUACGCUCAGCAAGGCCACCAAUUUAAAUUCGACUACACGAAGUACAUACGCAGGAUGUGGUUGGGACGGUUUAAUGGCUCUCUCCCAGGACCUUCUCUCACAGGACUUUAUCCCAACACAUUUGGAUCAAUGCCGCCUGGACCGGACCUCAGCCUCCUGGCCCCAGUCCUGCUGGCUGUACCUUCCAUCGCAGUGGACUUCGAGAAUGUGGGCCUUCUGUCAGGCUGCCUUUUCUAUGCUUCGAAAUCCCGUGUGGACAACCACGAAGGUUCUCCAGCUCUGUACGACCCAAAAACCUUAACGGUAACAGGUUUCGAGUGCAUGACUCGCGAAUGGUCAUCCUUCACCAAGACCGUCCAUGGAGCGGCUUUCCUCGCUUCGCUAUCUCAUGUCAUCUCCAUCACAUACACGAUGGGUGAACGCAAUCGGCACGUGCUCCGCCUCUGUCACUUUAGCAAUCAAUGGAAAAUAUACCAGCUGCCUAAAUGGAUGGAGCGGGCUCCGUUGAGAAGUCUCCAGACUUUUUCAUUGCCCAUUCCGCAUAGCGCACACCGGCUUGCUGAAUGUGAGCUUAGCAGCACGGACAUGAAAGUAGAGGUUUCGACGUUCUCUGUUUCCAAAUUGUCGUCGCGCCAACGCACACUUGGAAUCAGGACGAUUCGGGAAACAAUGAGUUUUAAUGGUCCUUUGGCGCUGUCCUAUCCUGGACGGUCAUCAUCCUCUUGUAUCCUUUGUCAAGAUUGGCUGCAAGCUUGGGCCUGUGGAUUAGGAACCUGACGGGUCGUAUUAUGAGAUGACUAGUUAUUAGAUGUAUAUACUUGCUCGCCAGCGGUUUCCUACUGUUUGUACACUUCACCCAUUAUUCGGACAUGGUCAAGACUAGUUUGUUGCCUAUCAACUGCUGACAUACAGAUUCUGGAUUUUUUGUAUACUAUACAAGUUGUUGAUUAUAGAAAUAUUUCCCUUCGGAAUCAUGACGAGUCCUCCGACUCGACGCGUUGCAUUUAUGACAUAUUAUUAUUCAAGUAAAGCACAUCACCAGAGGAAUGGAAUGACGCGCGCAGGCACUCUUUGCAUGUAUGCGCGGUAUUCUGCGGCAACAGCAGCAUCC